AUGUCAAAUGUACAUACAUCACCUUAUUUAGGUGGUGCAGGAAACAAUGCAAAUCUACCGUCAGCACAACCAAAUACUCAAAUAAAUCAACAACAACAACUGCAACAUCAGCAACAACAAAUGCAACAACAACAACAAGUUGCACAACCACCACAGCUGAUUAUGACAGCAACACCGUUACAGCUGCAGCAACAGCAGAUGAUGAUGUCACAAAAGACACCGAUCGACGAUAGAAUCGAUCGACUGAUGUCGUUGAACACAGAGUUGAUGUCACUGGUCACUCUCGAUGGCGAUCAACAAGCACACUAUCAGCGUUCCUAUCAGAUUCGCUCGGACAUACAGGUGGCUCUACGCGAACUACAAGCAGAGAUCAUCGCAGCUAACCUUCAAUCGAUAUCACCGAUCUACGAAUCACCGGACUACCAACUGGCCACCUCAACACAACCGAUAACAAUGGAUCUCUUUCAAAAACAACUAACCACAGAUAUCAUACAGAAACAAAUAACACAAUGGGAUACUGUUUUCAAAGAAAAAGAGAAACUAACAAAAAAUAUAGAUCGUGUAAAACAAUCUUUAAAAUAA